AGAUUUUAAAAAUAUUUUUAAGGUUAAGUUUAAUAGUUGUCAAAUACAUGACAAAUUGUACUGAUAUUUUGAACGUGGCUGUUAAAUAUUUCAAAUAAUCUGUUAGAUAUAAUAUUAAAAUUAACAUGCUCCAAUACUUAAUAGCGAUAACUUCAUUAUUAUUCAUUUCCAUAUUUUCUACAAGUGCUCAAUUAUUGGAAGGGAUAUAUUGUGGUAAAGAAAAUUGUUAUGAUGUACUUGAAAUCACAAGAGAGGCAACGAAAAGUGAAAUAUCCAAAAAUUACCGAAAACUGGCAAAGCAGUAUCAUCCUGAUCUUCAUAGAACACCAGAAGCCAAGGAGAAGGCGGAAGAACGAUUCAAAAUAAUAGCAAAUGCCUAUGAAAUCUUGAAAGAUGAAGAAACUCGUACCGAUUAUGAUUAUAUGUUGGAUAAUCCCGAUGAGUAUUACGCCCAUUAUUAUAGGUAUUACCGAAGAAGAGUAGCUCCUAAGGUAGAUGUUCGAAUUGUUUUAAUUGUAACAAUUUCAAUAAUAUCAGCAAUACAAUAUUACAGUGGAUGGCAGAGAUAUGAUACUGCCAUUAAGUAUUUCAUGACGGUGCCAAAGUAUAGAAAUAAAGCUUUAGAAAUUGCUAAAGAAGAUGGACUUUUGCUUCAUGAUAAGAGAGCUCGAAAAAGUAAAAAAGAAUCAAAAGAAGAAACAGAAGGAAUAAUUAAAAGGGUAAUAGAAGAUAAAAUGGAUAUAAAAGGAGCUUAUGCAAAACCGACCAUAAUGGAUAUUCUUUGGAUUCAGUUAAUUAUGCUUCCAUACACAAUUACUAAGUAUAUUUAUUGGUAUUUAUCUUGGUUUUGGAGACACACAGUACUGAAACAAGAAUACAAUGAUGAAGAAAAAUUGUAUAUUAUAAGAAAAUUUAUGAAAAUGAGUGAACAUCAAUUCAAUAGUCAAGAAGAUGACAAAAAGCAGGAAUUUUUAGAUCAAGAAUUAUGGAUAAGAGAAAAGUUCAAUGAAUGGUAUAAACAAGAAGAAGAAAACACCAAAAGGCAAAUGGCUGAAAGUAAUAAAUAUAAACAGUAUAGACGUUAUAUUAAAAAUCACGGAGUAGGAAGAAUGACAUUUGAUGAUUCUUAAUUUUGUAUUAUUAUUAGGGAUAUUUCAACAAAUUUAAAUCUAUUAUUUAUUUUUUUUUUGUACUAUUCACAUCCAUUUUAGUAAAAUCUCUACUGUUUUCUUUUUAUUUUCUCUCCAGCUUUGAUACAAUAUAAACUACACUAACCAGCAAAAUUGGCUCAAAAUUUGUUUAUUGACUAAAACUUUAAUAAAAGUACAUCAGGAUUCUUCUAUUGGCUUAAUUUUGUUGUUACACAAUGUUUUGUUAUUAGAAUUAUCUGAAAAUAUACAGCAGUCACAGUCUUGGAGUUUUCCUUGGUGAUAUCUCUGUAAAAAAAGUCUUCAGCAGUUUGUUGCAAUUUUUUCGAUAGAAUACCGAAUUACUUCACAAUCUUUGAGAUCUUCUUUUUUCCGUUUGUUAGGUUGUAUCCACUGGAAUAUCAUCUUGAGGCCAUCCGUCUGCAUACAUUCUCAUAAGGUACCUGAACCAUUUAAGCAAUUUUCUUUCAAUCCUAUCUAGUGCAAUAUUUGUUUCAAUUUGGCCUCAGUGUGAGCCUGCAUCUCAUCGAAAAUUCGCCUUCAAACUGAUUUGUUCUUUACCAAAUUUCCUCAUCCUCUUUUAUUCAAUGUUUGUAAGUCUUUGUGAACUUGAUCUAAUACGGGGUCUAACCGCUUUUCCUCCAUUCUUUGAAUGUGGCCAAACCUUUUCAACCUCUGGGCUUUAAUGAAUGGGAAUGUCUACUAUUUCAUCUAUUUCUCUAUUAUUUUGGAUCUCUCCAGUCUGCUUCUAUAAUAGUUUAAGUUCAUCAAACUAUUAAAUAUAACUUUAAGCAGAUAUAACAGAUUGCAUUAACAUUUUAAAGAGGAUGAUUCAGUUAACUCAUACAUUUAUUAUUUUCUCAAUUAAUUUGUAGUACUUAAGCCGGUACUACACGAUGCGUCCAACGUUUGCAUCAACAUUCGCGUUCCAACCUGGAACCUUAUCUAAAUUUACCUUAAAAAAUUAAAACGUGGAAAAAAGGGACGGACUGCAUAUCAAUUAUUUGAAAAUUAACUGGAUGAUACUGGCAACUUUGGUUUUUUAUGCAAAACACGUACAUUCACACGCAAGGACGUAAGAAGUCUGUGUGGUUGAUUCCAACUUCGUUCCAAUGUUGACGCGGGUCAAAAAACUUUCCAUGGCCAACGUUGAGAGCAAAACAUUCGUCGAAUGACAUGUGCAAUACGAUCACACGAUGCGUCUAAUCAUACCAGCGUCCAACGUUGGAAGCAUUGGACGCAUCGUGUGGUAUCGGCUUUACGUUAUUUCAUAAAACGUAAGCAUGUUUGCCGGAAGUAAUAUCGACAUAUUAUAAACUAGUACAGAGAUAAUUGAUUAUUAUUAAAAUGUACGUGAUGUAAAAAAAUUGUUUUAAUGAUCCCGACCUUACACUUCGUUCAUUCCUCCAUAUUGCGCCUCUUCUGUGUAGGAAGAUUCGCGUAUCAUUUAGAGCUCACAGAAGUUUAAACAGGU